AUGCCGGUGGCGGACGAGCUGUUCGAUGACCUGGGGGGGAGCGACUGUUUCUCAACCCUGGACCUGCGGAUGGGGUACCAUCAGAUCCGCAUCCGGGAGGGGGACCAGUGGAAGCUGGCGUUCUGGGGCCACGACGACAUCUACAUGCCCCUGCGCACCCCCUUCGGCCCAAAGAACGCGCCGGCGCUUUUCCAACGGCUCAUGGACCGGGUGUUGCGGCAGCUGCGGGAGGUGGCACGCGCCUUCAUCGACGAUACGAUCGUGCACUCGCGCGGGUUCGAGGAGCACCUGGAGGCGCUCCGCGCGGUGUUCGAGCAGCUGCGCAAGUACAACAUUAAGGUGCACCCGAAGAAGAUCAGGAUUCUCUUCCCAGAGAUCCCCUUCCUAGGGCACCUCGUGAACCCGGUGGGCCUGAAGCCGCAGGAGCUGAAGCCGCGCAAGUACAAUAUUAAGGUGCACCCGAAGAAGAUCAGGAUCCUCUUCCCAGAGAUCCCCUUCCUAGGGAACCUCGUGAAUCCGGUGGGCCUGAAGCCGCAGGAGCUGAAGGUGGCGGCGAUCCAGCGGAUCCCGUACCCCACCAGCGUGACGGCCCUGAAGCAGCUCCUUGGCAUCAUCAACUACUACCGGCGCUUCCUCAAGGGCUGCAGCGUCGUCGCCCGGCCGCUGAACAACUUGCUGAAGAAGGACGUGGAGUUCCCCGCGGAGCUGCCGGCGGAGUGUAAGGCGGGGACAGACCAGUUGAAAGCGGGGCUGUGCGCGGCGCCGCUACUGGUGUACCUCUACGGAGUGCACUUCAAGCUGUACACGGAUCACCGGCCCCUGGAGUGGCUGAUGACAAGCCAGAACCUCACCGGCAUGCACGCGCGGUGGGCGCUGAUGCUUCAAGAGUUCGACUUUGAGGUGAAGUACCGGAAGGGGCUGGUUAACAUGAACGCCGACAGGCUCAGCCGAAACCCCUUGCCGGAAACGGAAGACCGGCGGGAGCGCGGGUGCAUGACGACCCGCCGGCAGAGCCGGUGUGGACGGCGUCCGCGCUGCUUGCGUGGCAAGCCAGGGCGGCGGGGCCGGCGCUGGACAACGACCAAGACUUCCCUUGGGGGUGGGAGAUCGGGGGAGAAGAGUAUCCCGACGACCCCACAAGUGGUGCGUGGAGAGCAGCCCGACCCAGCCUGGAGCGAAAAGGAGCAGGAGAGAGUGCGCCGGCGCAGCCUGUCGUACCGAUUUGACGACGGGGUGCUACUGCGGCGGCUGGGGAACGGGGAAGAAAAGGUUGUGCCACCGCCGGCGGAGCGGGAAGGCGUGGUGCAAGCGGUACACGAGGAAACCGGCCACUGGGGAGAGAAGCGGACGGUUCAUCUGUUGAAGCGAACGUAUUGGUGGGCGGGGAUGUAUGAGACGGCACGGCGGGGCGUCGCGGGGUGUCACCAAUGUGACCGGACCAAGGCGGCCUUCGCAAAGGAGAUGAGCGUGAUGCAGAGCCUGCCAAUCAUGGGGUUGGGGUAUCGGUGGAGCCUAGACUUUGCGGGGCCCCUGAUAACAAUUCGGACUUCCUCCUCGGUUUACCGUGUUUGCGGUUCCAUCCCACAACGCAGAAAGAGAUCGGUGAGCGUACCCUGA